AUGGCAGACAAACAAAGAGGACGUCCGCCUAAAGGCAAUAAGGGUUUAUUUACAAAAGACUUACGUUUAUUAAUGUAUGGGUUUGGAGAUGAACCCGACCCAGCACCUGACACAGUGAACGUAAUGGAAGAACUUGUAAAUGAUUAUAUUACUGAAAUG